UGCUCGAACUCCAAACUGAAACAAAUUAACAUUGACCAUCAAAGUCCGUCGACUUUUUCAGGCAGCCAAUAGUUUCAAACAUCAGUAAAUGGCUUCUAAAGGGAUUGAAAUGGGUGUAGUAGUACACGUACUGGUCCUUGUGGCCAUGCUAUCGGCUGGAGCCAAGGCCCAGUCGGGUUGCACUACUGUGCUCACGAAUUUGGCACCAUGCCUGAACUACAUAACGGGAAAUUCAUCGACCCCAUCGUCUUCAUGCUGCUCACAGCUCUCUAAAGUUGUUCAAACAUCACCGCAGUGCCUUUGCUCCGUCCUAAAUGGUGGCGCUGCCUCUCUGGGUAUUACUAUAAAUCAAACUCUAGCUCUAUCACUACCCAGUGCUUGUAAAAUGCGAACUCCACCCAUUAGCCAGUGUAAAGCUGCCAAUGGACCAACAACUUCAGGAACUCCUCCCCCAGUAGGUUCUCCAACGAGUACUCCAGCCGCUUCUUCCAGUGAAACACCUCAAGGUGCAAUUACUCCUUCAGGGUCGAAAACAGUCCCAUCAUUAGACGGAGGUUCUUCUGAUGGAAGUAUCGUCAAAGCGCCUCUUCAGUUUAUGCUCUUCCGGCUCUUCAUAAUGUCUUGUGCUUCCACCAUCACCUCAUUCUGAGACACUUCUGUUUCGAGAUUUCUAGCUAGGAGAGUGUCUGAGAUGAAUGAUUCUUUGGUCUUUUCUUUUAUGAUGUUGAAGAUUAAGUUACUUGCAGAAAUGUGAUUGUAUUUAAUUUUUUUUCGUUUUUAUUGUUUAAUGCAACAGUUGAGUAAGGAGUACUUCUCUUUGCCUUUCUAUUA